AUGAUGCGCAUCGAGACGGAGAUUAUCAACACGGUGGAGCAAAUCGGUGAGGUGGUCGACCGGCUCGUCUUGGUUCAUGAAAAGCCGUUUUCAUACUCGCCAAGCAUGUACAUCGAUCUCGAAGGCAUAAACCUCUGCCGUGAGGGCUCUAUCUCCAUCUUUACCCUCAUGGUUGAUGUGGGAACCCCGACCAGAUGCGUCUACCUCUUUGAUGUGCACUCACUGGGCGCCCUGGUGUUUAACACCGCCGGCGUACGUAUGAAGACGCUGAAGGAUAUUCUUGAAGACGACAAAAUCUCAAAGGUCUUCUUCGACGCUCGCAACGAUUCGGAUGCCUUAUUUGCGCAUUUCGGUGUGAGGUUGCGGGGAGUGGAGGAUGUUCAACUUAUGGAGAGUGCUAAGAGGAGGACUACGGCAUCCAGGAAGUUUUUGAAAGGGCUAGCCAAGUGUGUUCAGGAAAAUUACGGGCUCCCCGACCUAGAAAACUGGAAGUUGGCAAAGGAGAAAGGGAAGAAGUUGUUCAAAGCAGAACAUGGUGGUUCAUAUGAGGUUUUCAACCAGCGCCCCAUCCCCAAAGAAAUCAUUUCUUACUGCGCUGGUGAUGUCUGCUACCUCCCUGAGCUGCGGGAUAGGUUCUGGUCCAACACCACUUUCAGGUGGCAAGACCUGGUCACUGAAGAAACCAAGAAGCGCGUCGCGGCAUCUCGGGAACCAGACUAUCAGCCCAAAGGCCCAGAUAGGGCAAAAGCUCCAUGGAGUGACGAUCAGAAUCGGACUUUGGAUCAGUGGAAUUACGUUCCUCCUCCUCGCGACUACUUCGAUGAAGACUGGCUCAACGGAGAUCGGUUUGACGAUGGCUGGUCCGACUACCAGGAUGACGACAACGAUUUUGAAGACUGGACGAGGGCACCUUGGGAAGGACCUCCAUCUUGA